UUCAUGUUUUUAUAUUUAAUUAUAUAAUUUUGUAGUCGGUCCCAUCGCCCAUGGACCCCACACGUGGGAGUUUGGCACGAGGCUUCCCAGCACCGGCUAUAUAACUUCAUCACCUCCACCGCUCCUUUUUCGCGCUCAGGUCUCAUCUCCCAAAGAGAGAGAUUAAGAGGCAACCCUCAUUUCCUCUCUUAUUUACGGUAAUAACCCUCCACAAACUGCUCUAAUGGCGGCCUCCGUCGAUAACCGCCAAUUCCCUCGCCAUGAACCCUCCAUUAACGGCGUCGUUCGCUCAUACAAACCGCCCGCUCCUCCCCGGUCUGAUUCUCUUAACCGAACCGGGUUCUCACCCGCCUUGAAACCGGUUCCGGCCGCCGUACCGGACGACGAUGUCUCGAGUGACGAUGAGAACGAGACCCACAACAAGAACGCCGCCGAAUAUUACAUGGAGAUGAUACAGAAGUCUAACAGCGAACUGGAGCCGUCGAUCUUGGAUCAUAGGGACGAAUCAACGGCUGACAACUGGAUCGAGCGUAACCCUUCGAUGGUCCGCCUCACAGGAAAACACCCCUUCAACUCGGAGGCUCCAUUGAACCGACUCAUGCACCAUGGCUUCAUCACCCCCGUUCCGCUGCACUACGUCCGCAACCACGGCUCGGUUCCUAACUCCCAAUGGUCCGAUUGGACUGUUGAGAUCACGGGUCUUGUGAAACGACCCAUGAAACUCACCAUGGACCAGCUCAUCUCCGAGUUCCCCUCUCGUGAGUUCCCUGUAACCCUAGUUUGCGCCGGAAACCGCCGCAAGGAACAGAACAUGGUGAAGAAGUCAAAGGGCUUCAACUGGGGAGCCGCCGGAGUUUCGACCUCUGUCUGGCGGGGUGUCCCUCUCUCAGACGUCCUCCGCCGAUGCGGGAUCGCCGCAAAAAGGGCUGGAGGCUUGAACGUGUGCUUCGAAGGAGCGGAGGAUCUUCCCGGAGCCGCCGGAAGUGGAGGAUCCAAGUACGGGACGAGCAUCAAGAAGGAAUUCGCCAUGGAUUCUUCGAGAGACAUCAUAUUGGCGUACAUGCAGAACGGUCAGCUCCUGACACCGGAUCAUGGGUACCCGGUUCGGGUGAUAAUACCGGGUUUCAUCGGAGGGAGGAUGGUGAAGUGGUUGAAACGGAUCAUCGUCACAACCCAGGAAUCCGACAAUUACUAUCAUUACAAGGACAACCGGGUUUUGCCCUCCCACGUCGACGCCGAACUCGCCGACGCUGAAGCUUGGUGGUACAAACCAGAGUAUAUCAUCAACGAGCUGAACAUAAACUCGGUCAUUACGACGCCGUGUCAUGAAGAGAUUCUCCCCAUCAACGCUUUCACCAGCCAAAGGCCCUACACCUUGAAGGGCUACGCAUAUUCCGGGGGUGGGAAGAAGGUGACACGUGUCGAGGUGACAAUGGACGGUGGUGAGACGUGGCAAGUGUGCGCGCUGGACCAUCCGGAGAGACCAAGCAAGUACGGAAAAUACUGGUGCUGGUGCUUCUGGUCUCUCGAGGUCGAGGUCUUGGACCUGCUUGGUGCCAAGGAGAUCGCUGUCCGCGCCUGGGAUGAGACCCUCAAUACUCAGCCGGAGAAGAUGAUCUGGAAUCUCAUGGGGAUGAUGAACAACUGCUGGUUCAGGGUGAAGACGAACGUUUGCAAGCCGCACAAGGGCGAGAUCGGUAUCGUUUUCGAGCACCCGACUUUGCCUGGAAACGAGGGCGGAGGCUGGAUGGCGAAGGAGCGUCACCUCGAGAAAUCCUCCGAGGCUCCUCCUUCCCUCAAGAAAUCCGUCUCUUCCCCGUUCAUGAACACUGCUUCCAAAAUGUUCUCCAUGUCUGAAGUCAAGAAGCAUAACUCGGCUGAGUCUUGCUGGAUCAUCGUCCACGGACACGUCUAUGACUGUACUAGGUUCUUGAAGGAUCAUCCGGGCGGUUCGGAUUCGAUCUUGAUCAAUGCAGGGUCGGAUUGUACGGAGGAGUUCGAUGCCAUUCACUCGGACAAGGCCAAGAAGAUGUUGGAAGAUUACCGGAUCGGGGAAUUGAUCACGACCGGUUAUUCGUCUGACUCGUCCUCGCCCAACAACUCGGUUCACGGUGCCUCGAACACGUUAUCGCUUUUGGCUCCGAUCAGAGAGACGGCUCCGGUUCGGAACGUGGCUCUGGUUAAUCCCCGGGUUAAAGUCCCGGUCAAACUCGUCGAAAAGACCUCGAUCUCGCACGAUGUUCGCCUGUUCCGGUUUGCCUUUCCGGCUCAGGACAUGGUUCUCGGUUUACCAGUCGGUAAACAUAUCUUCUUGUGUGCCAACAUUGACGACAAGCUUUGCCUUAGAGCUUACACUCCAACGAGCACCGUUGAUGUGGUCGGAUACUUUGAUCUAGUGGUCAAGAUUUACUUCGGUGGAGUCCAUCCGAGAUUCCCCAACGGUGGGCUCAUGUCGCAGUAUCUAGACUCGUUGUCGGUGGGAUCCACUUUGGAGAUCAAGGGACCAUUGGGUCACAUUGAGUAUCUCGGCAAGGGGGAUUUCAUGGUUCACGGUAAACCGAGGACGGCUAAGAAAUUGGCGAUGUUGGCUGGUGGAACCGGUAUAACCCCUGUUUACCAAAUUAUGCAAGCGGUUCUCAAGGAUCCCGAGGAUGAUACCGAGAUGUACGUGGUUUACGCUAAUCGGACCGAGGACGAUAUUCUUCUGAGGGAGGAAUUGGAUGAUUGGUCCAAGAAGUAUCCGAAUCGGGUAAAGAUUUGGUACGUUGUGGAAUCGGCCAAAGAUGGAUGGGAAUAUAGUACCGGAUUCAUUACCGAGGCGAUUCUCCGGGAGCAUAUUCCCGAUGGAUCGGGCGGUUUAGCUCUCGCCUUGGCUUGUGGACCACCGCCGAUGAUCCAAUUCGCGGUCCAACCGAACUUGGAGAAGAUGAAUUACAAUACCAAGGAGGAUCUGUUGAUCUUCUGAAACCGGAGACUCUCACUUGAAGUUUCGGAGCAAAAGAGAGGGUUUCAGAACAAGAGGUUGUCAGAUCAUAUGAUUAGUAUUAUAGAUCAAAUAAAUUAGAUAGAUUUGUUUUUGUAUAUAUGUUCUUUUUUUUUAUUGUCAUAUUCUCUUCGAAAUAAUGUCAUAUGUAUGGUUUGAUGUCAUUUUCCUUCCUUGCAAGUUGAAGGAGAACCAAAAUGUUUUGUGUACAGUAUUUCUUUUCCCUGUCUGAAUCCGACAAAGGUUUUUUAUUUUUAA